AUGAGUUCGCCGGAGGACGCCCUGGGAGACAGCGCCCUGGCGCCGACCAUGGCCUCGCGUGUCUCCGCCGCCCGCAUCGCCGUCGUCGAGCUCGAGGACGACGACGACGACACGGCCGCCUCCACCCCGGCCCCCCGCUCCCGCGCCUCCCGGGGCCUCCUCGACGCCUCCUCCUCCUCCCCGGCCUUCCCCAAGCGCCGGCUGCCGAUGUCCCCCAUCUGCAUCGACGAUGACACGCCUCCUCCCCCGCCGAAGCGGCGGGAGCCCGGAUCCGCCGCGCCCGGGACCGGGACCCCCCCGUCGUUCGUCCCGUGCUCGCUCGCCCCCCGCCCCCGCGUCGCCGCCGCUCCCGGUUCUUUCUUCCCGAGCCCGUUCCGCGCCGCUGCUUUGCAGAUCCCUGGGCGGUCUGCCCCCGGAUCUGUCGACCUGGACAUUGUUGUCCUGGAGACGCCGGGCUACACCCCCGUGCGCCGGGUCGGGGCCUCCCCGGGGCCCGUCCCGUGCUCGCUCAGCCCCCGCUCCGGCGGCGAUGGUCCGCGCACGCCUGAUUCUGUUCUCCGGCGCAAUAUCGACUUCGAAGAUGCCGCUGAUCUGGGGAUCCCCGGGUCGGCUUCCCCCGGCUCUGCCGACCCCGACAUUCUUGUCCUGGAGACCCCGGGCUUCACCGCCUCCCGCCCGGCCGGGCCUUCCAGCGUCCCAAUCGGGACUCCGCCGUCGUUCGUUCCGUGCUCACUCGCCCCACAGUCCCGUGGUGCUGCUGUUCCUAAUACGCCUGUUCUACCGCGCGCGUUCGACUUUGACGCUGCUGAUUUGGGGAUCCCUGGGCCGGCGUUCCCCGGAUCUGUUGGCCCCAACGCUGAGACACGUUUCUUCACCAACUCGCGCUUGGAUGUGGCAGGCCCCUCCACUUUUCGAGGAGCUUCUUCCCCGAUAUCUUUGGACAGUGAUGAUGAGCUGGAUGACUUUGGGUACAAAGAGCCAUCAGACAAUUUGAUUUUACCCUGUGAAGAGCCCAUGCAGGAAGAGGAGCGAAACGACAACACAGAACAAGGAAACACAAAGCAGGAAAGGAUGCGACUAAUAAAGGAAGGGAAAGCGAAAAUGGUUGAAGAAAAGAAACGACAGCGGGAGGAAAAUAAGCUCAUGAAAGAGGCUAUUAAAGCUCAAAAGGCAGAGCAGAAGAAGUAUGCAAAAGAAAAAGAAGACUGGGAAUCAGGAAAACAUGCUUUAAAAUCUAUUGUUGCUGAGAUUGACUCAACAAUCAUUGAAACUGGCUCAGUUGGAGGUAGUCUUCUAACACGGUUUGCAGAGAAAGGCCUUAAGUAUCGAGUUCAGGUUAAUCCAAUCAGAGGAUCGAUUUUGUGGAAGAUGGAGGUUCCUCAAAUUGGCCAGGACCCAGCUUCAGUGUCAGAAGUGCCAUAUAUUCUAUUUGUGCUUCAAGCUGAGGAAUUCUGUGAUCUUAUCAACAGUGGGUCCUUCUGGGAUCAUGUUCACCUUGUUCAAGAUCGCUAUCCAACGUUCACUGUUUGCUUUGUCACUAAUAAAUUGAUGAACUACAUAAAUAAAUGCGAGCGGGCUCAGUAUAGGAAUGCACCCAAUUUUAAUAGCUGGAAACGCCCACCAGUGGAAGAGGUUUUAUGCAAAUUAGCAACACACCAUGUUAAAGUUCACUCAAGGCAAUGUGCAGAUGAAGCUGAAGUAGCCGAUCAUGUUGUUGGCUUGACAUCUAGUCUUGCAAAUUGCAGAUUCAGGAAACCACUGUCAUGGUUAUCUGUGCAUGCUAAUGGUGCAGUGGUCCCUAAAAAUUUCAUUGAUAAAGAUCUGGCUAAGAAAGACACGUGGAUGAAGGCUCUAAUAGCCAUCCCAAAGGUCCAGCCAAGGUUUGCCCUCGCGAUAUGGAAGAAGUACAGUACCAUGAGAUCCCUUCUGAAAGUAUAUAUGGAUUCCACUAAAACUGUUCGCGAGAAGGAGCUUCUGCUGCAGGACCUGAUGUGCGAGGACCGCGUAGGCGAGGAAAGCCGAAGGCUGGGACCAGUAUGCUCUAGAAGGGUUUACAGGACACUCAUGGCAGAAGACGGGGCAGUUGAAGCGGAUGCUGCUGCCGAGUAA